AUGCCCCUCAGCGACCCCAACGAGGGAGGGAUAUGGAUCAUGUGCCUCCUGGCCAAGACGCCGGAGUCGUACCAACCAGGCCACCGGCACGAGCAAUUGCUGUUUCGAUACGAUCGAGGCCGCGCUCCAUCCCACACAACAGUGCCGGCAGCUGCAUCCAUCUACUGCACUGCUAGCCGCGUCAAGAAACUUGUCGAACUGCCACGACACGCCCAGUGGGCUACAAAUGUCCCGAGCUUUCAAACACAAGAAGUGUUCUGCAUUAUCGAAGCGCUGUGUACGGACAUAUCCCGCGGGAUGAAGAGCCCCCGGAGUCCAGCGGAGUCCGGCGAGGGGAUUGACGCCAUCGUCCUGGCAAAGGUGUCGGCGCACGAAAGUGCUUAGCUGGCUGGCCAGUGAGGCAAUUUCGUCACAAUAGAAGCCUACGUAAAAGACGGUGGGACCUAUGCCGGGCUACUUUUCUCUGCUUGGAAACCUGCACUUGCAGCUGAUUUUUGUCGUCGCUUGGCUGGCUCGCUGUUGGACACUGUCAGUUCGUGGACGUUGGAAGCCAAUGGCGAGAUGAACUCACAUUCUGCAAGGCUUCUGUGCUUUCUUGCAUUGUAGGCAGCCUUCUGGACCAGGCUCACACUUGAUCUUCUUCUUCCUGCACGUUGAACAUGCCACCGAGAGGCGCUUGCGAAGAAUCUUGCUGGACGUCAAAUUGACAGGAUCUUGGAAGAUAUGCGUCGGGACUAUAUAUCAGUCAGCAUAGUCACCAAAAGACGGCGUCGUAGGUCGACUUACUCGAAUAGCCACCUUUGUACAUGUGGCAUGGGCCUCGACCGUGAAUGUACGACACGCCUUCAUAUGCGGAAGCGGCUUGAUACACAUAAGUAGCUGGAGCCAGGUCCGACGUGCCGAAGAAUGCUGGAGGCAAUUCAUGGGGCGAGGUCGGCUGAGAGUGGGAUGCUGGCUGCAUCAAGGAUGAGUUCGAUGAUUGCGAAGUCGCAGGGCUUGUGGGGAGAGAAGACGUGGGGGAGAUGAAGUUGUGCUCUGGUGCUGAGCACAAGCUCUGUAUCGUGAGUGGACUCGUCUUGGGUUGUGAGCCGUAUGGGGAUGAAGCAUGCACAAGCGGAGGAGUGAUGACGGUCCUAGGCCUGGCGGAGAGAUCACUCGGUCGCAACGUAUCGAAGUAGCUGCCUCGAGCGACAGAGUCGCGACGAUGGUCGUCAUAGUCGGGACUCCUCCGGCUUUCUCUACUACCAGAGUCGGGGUUGAUCAAGAGCUUGGAGGCGAACAGAUCAUUCAAGCCAGGAAGUCGCGGUAGUUGAGUCGAGGACUUUGCCGGGAUCGGGAUGUGAGAGGUGGUGGUGGUGGUUGUUGUUGUGCUGCUCGAUCGCGAACGAGCCGCCUCGGCCGCUCGUUCUCUUUCAGCAGCCUGCUGUAUGGCUCGAUCAUAUUCCGAAGUCUGAUAUGGCUCAUAGCCCAUCGACGAGUGUGCGUGGGUGGUUGUGUAUGGUCGCGACAUGGCUGAGUACAUCUUGUCCAGAGUGAAUAAUGGAGCACCUGAAGCCAGAGGUGACGGGUGGUACAGCGCGUUCAUGUACUCUGCUCGUGGAGCAGAGUACAAUGUGGGUCUAAACUGGCUCGGAGGCUCAAGGUAGCCUACCAAGAUCUCAGACGAGCCAGCACCCAUGUCCUGAACCAUAUCGGCGCUGUGGUGCUCGCUCGUACAAAACUGGAGGAUCACCACAUGGUCCGGAUCAAGAAGCGUUGCCUGACAGCCCGUGCGAAUUGUUUGGUAGCUUCGAAGCGCUCCCGUCCAUCAAGGGAUCGGCCGUGCGUAAAAGACCCACGCCACUCUGGCAUUCGGUAAGUAUCACAUGUUCAAGACCACUAACAAGCGAGCAUCACAGUUUGAGGGACCUCGUCGCUGUCCUGUCCCUGUGCCUGUGCACGGAGGGAGCAGUACUAGACACAUGUGCCCACGCUGCAGAGCAACGUAACUUUCUUUGUUGAAGUGCCCAAACACGGGCUACUUCUACUCAGGCUGUAUCGACUCCUCUGGGCCCUGGCACCAAGCCAUCCGGAGGGCCAUCCUGCAGGAGCUGACUGACGCCUGUGAACCAGCCUGCUGUCACAGUCGUACAUCCACAUCAUACAAGCGACAGCGGGGGAUCGUUCUGAGGCUU